GGGGGCAGGGCAGGAGGCGGCCGCCAUGAGCGCCCUGGACCUGGCCCGGGUGGGCGCGUGUGUGCUGAAGAACGCCGUGACGGGAGAGGCCGUGGAGCUGCGGAGCCUGUGGCAGGAGCAGGCGUGCGUGGUGGCCGGGCUGCGGCGCUUCGGCUGCAUGGUGUGCCGCUGGAUCGCCCGGGACCUCAGCAGCCUCAAGGGGCUCCUAGACCAGCACGGCGUGCGCCUGGUGGGAGUGGGGCCGGAGGUCCUGGGCCUGCAGGAAUUCCUGGACGGCGGCUACUUCGCGGGAGAGCUCUACCUGGAUGAGAGCAAGCAGUUCUACAAGGAGCUGGGCUUCAAGCGGUACAACAGUUUGAGCAUCCUCCCCGCUGCUCUGGGGAAGCCAGUGCGGGAUGUGGCUGCCAAGGCCAAGGCUGUUGGCAUCCAGGGGAACCUGUCUGGGGACCUGCUGCAGAGUGGAGGGCUGCUGGUGGUCAGCAAAGGUGGUGAGAAGGUGCUGCUGCACUUUGUCCAGAAGUCCCCAGGGGACUAUGUUCCCCAAGAGACCGUCCUGGGGGCCUUGGGCAUCUCUGCGGAGGGCUGCCAUGCUAGUGAGCCUCCCCAGUGUGUUGAGGACGUGUGUGGGAGGUGAAGGCCCUGGGCCUCCGAGGACUUAGGAAUGCUGGGAGUUGGAUAUGAAGAAUCAUUCUGGAAUCACUGAGCUGGAACGCUGGACUUUGCCUAGUCCACAGUAACAAGAGCCAUUAAAGCUG